AUGGGAGAUUUCAACUCAUUUCUAUCUAUUGAUGAAAAGAAAGGUGGUUCUCCGGUCACAAAUCAUGAGAUGAGAGACAUGCAGAUUUUUGCACAAGCUUGUGGAUUGGUGGAUCUUCGUUCCAUUAGAUGUCGCUUUACAUGGUCUAAUGGUAACGUUUCUUGCAAGCUAGAUACAGCUUUGGUUAAUUCCUUUUGGUUGAUGGCAGAUUAUGAUGCAUAUGCGGAGUUUACGGCACCGGGAUGUCUCUCGGACCACUCAUGUACUAUUGUGCACACUUUGGCCAAAGACCGGCCCCCGGAUAAAGAUUUUAAAUUUAUCAACAUGUGGACACUACACGAAGACUUUGAGAAGAUUGUGAAGGACUCUUGGGCAGUCCCUAUGCAAGGUAAAGCUCAAUAUAUCCUCAAGGCAAAGAUGUUCCGCUUGAAAAGGUGCUUAAGGGAGCUACACAAGAACAAAAUUGGGCACAUUUCGGAAAAGGCAAAGAAAGCAAAAGAAGAAUUAGAGGAGGUCCAAAGAAGCAGUUUAGAUGGUGGCCCAACUCCUAUGGGGUAUACUCACAUAAGGAAGAAAGCAAAUCUCUUAGCCGAAGCGGAAAGGCAAUUCUACCAACAAAGGGCCAAGAAUGUAUACUUGAAGAGUGCGGAUAAAUGCACAAAGUUUUUCCAUGAUAUGGUGAAGAGGAACAAUAAGAGGAAUGCAAUCAUCACACUCAAGAAAAGGAAUGGGGACUAA